UAAAAACAGUAGUUUACGUUCAUGUUAUAUACGUCGUAGACAGAAGUUUCGCCGGCAACGCGAGUAUUACACGAGAAUACACAAAAAAAAUAUCAUCUAACAAAAUCGGCUAUUUGAUUCUGUCUCACCUCAAAGUUUGAUAUAACAAUUUUCGAGAUUUUUAUAAGUUGUUGCCGUUUUGUGAAUUUGAUUGCAAUUCAAGAAUCAACAAUAAACUGUUAUAGAAACCAAUUAUUGAACGAAUUAUAAUAAUUGGGAGCACCGAUUUUUGGGAUCGAAACAAAAGCCACAGAGUGAAAAGAACGUGCACACGGUCAACAAUUCAAAAUCAUCAAUCAUGUCAACGUCACCAACGGAAUCGAAGAAAGAUGGCAUCAAAUUACAAAACUUAAAUGAUGCCGAAAUUCCAUUGCAACCCGAUAGCGAAUAUGAUCCGCAUUUACAUCGAAAUGUACCGCAUCCAACAACUAAUACCGAAACAUUGGUGCAUUUGUUGAAAGGUUCAUUGGGCACGGGUAUCUUAGCAAUGCCCAAGGCAUUUCAUCAGUCUGGCUAUCUUAAUGGCAUUGUUUGUACUAUCUUGAUUGGAAUUUUGUGCACAUGGGGCCUUCAUAUUUUAGUGAGAUCUCAGUACAUUUUAUGUAAACGUCACCGUGUUCCAAUUCUAACGUAUCCGGUAUCGAUGAAAAUGGCAUUGGAAGAAGGACCGCCCUAUCUGCGUUGGUUGGCUCCAUUUGCUAUAUUGAUCGUUGAUGGUUUUUUGAUAGUCUAUCAAUUGGGUAUUUGUUGCGUUUAUAUUGUGUUUGUCGCAAAGAAUAUAAAAGAAUUUGUAGACGUUUGGUAUGAAUUGGACGUUGAAUACUAUAUGUUAAUAUUGUUGUUGCCGUUAAUUUUAUUGAAUUGUAUUCGCAAUUUGAAAGUAUUGGCACCAUUUUCGACCUUGGCCAAUGCCAUCACAUUUAUUGGUAUUGGGCUUAUUUUGUAUUUUGUGUUCCAAGGUUUACAGUCAAUUGGUAAACUUGAUACCUUUGGCAAAGUUAACGAAUUCCCAUUAUUCUUUGGCACCACAUUGUUUGCAAUUGAAGCGGUCGGCGUUGUGGUCGCUUUGGAAAAUAAUAUGCAAACACCAAAAUCAUUUGGCUCAAAAUUCGGUGUAUUAAACGUUGGAAUGUUUGUUAUCACGUUAUUGUAUGCUUUCUUCGGAUUUGUUGGCUAUUGGAAAUAUGGUGAACACUCCAAAGAUAGUAUUACACUUAAUUUACCACCAGAUUCUGUCAUAACAAAAAUUGUUCAAGGAAUAUUCACAGUGGCCACAUUCAUUUCGUAUGGACUGCAAUGCUAUGUACCGGUUGAAAUUAUCUGGGGAAAUUAUCUUAAAAAACGUUUCAAUGAGAGCCUCAUAUGGGAGUUGGUUGUUCGCAUUGUCAUUGUCUUGAUCACAUUUUUGUUGGCAAUUUCAGUGCCACAAUUGGCAUUGUUCAUUUCAUUGUUUGGUGCAUUAUGUUUGUCCGUGCUUGGAAUUGCCUUCCCUUCGUUGAUGGAGAUCUGCGUAUUAUAUCCUAAUAAUUGGGGACGUUGCGGCCAUGUGGUUAUCCGUAAUGUUAUUCUAAUUGCAAUCGGUUUAUUUGCACUAAUCACCGGCACAAACAAAUCACUCGUCGAUAUUAUUGCCACCUUCUCCAACAGCACUAUAGCACCGUCCAACAGCACUAUCUUUAUUCCAACAACAUCCACCGUACCAAACGGAAUUUAAACUUACAAACAUUAAUACGAAACAAAUUAUAUAUAACAAACAACAUUUAUUUCGUCGAAAACAGAAACAAACAAACAAUCAAAUCAAUCUAUCAAUUGACCAAAACCGUAUUGUAUGUAGUUUAACUAAAAAGCAUAUGGCACCUGUCAAUUAAUUAGAUUAGAACAUUUAUAAAGCCAAACAUUCGUCGAAUAUUAGAAUUAUUUUCGAAGACACGUGUAACACAAUGAAACGAGCUACAAAUUUCCAUUUUUAAUGCUUUUUACAACUAUGCGAAAAAUCUUCCGCAGUAUCAACAGAGAAACGAAUGCUUCGGCAAGAAUAUGGCCGAUACAUUAUGAUGGAGUUUAUAUUCUAAGAAUUUACUGAGAUUUUUUUUCUUCAAUCUAACAUUUCAUUUUUAGAAUAUUAUUCAUUAUUUACUUAGUAUUCCGUUCUUUUUCAUUUGUU